AUGGUUUUACUGGAUAUUGAUGAUAUAAGGUUUAAAGAUUUUUCAACCAGCUCUUACAUGUUAAGAAAACUGUUAGGAAUCGGUAAACAAACAAAUACAUAUGCGGUGUGUUCAGAUUGCAAUGCUUUGUACAAAAUUUCUGAAAUUUUACCAUCCGGUCAAUCAAAAGAUGGAUUCAAAUGUAUCCAUGUAGAAUUCCCUAAUCACCCAAG